AACUUGGAUUCACGUUCUGUCUUAUUUUUCAUAGUAGUUGACGACACGAACGGACUAUACCCCCCUCUUCCUGCCCCUCCGUUCGGGUUUCGUUCGGUUCGGAUCGGAUUCGGAGCGCAAUACAAAACGCUGUUGCAUAAGGGUAAUUCCUUCCCCCAGAGUGUAGUGCCAAAUAAUUGUCACAAUGUCGAAAGCAACGGCUGUUCAUUGGUUUAGAAAGGGUCUUCGUCUACAUGACAAUCCUGCCUUAGUUGCCGCAUUGAAAUCUGAGAUUGAAUUGCGUCCAGUUUACAUAUUUGAUCCAUGGUACGAGAAAAAUGUCCUGUGUGGUCCUAAUCGCUGGCGGUUUCUUCAUCAAAGUCUCACUGACUUAGAUAAAAGUUUACGAGACAUUGGGUCCAGACUAUUUGUAUUCCGUGGAACACCUGAGGAAGUAUUCACAUCUCUUUUUUCUGAAUGGAAAGUCCAACGCCUGACAUUUGAAAUUGAUAUUGAACCAUAUGCUCUUGAAAGAGAUGAACAAAUUAUUAAAAUUGCUCGUCAAGAGGAUGUUGAGGUCAUUCAGAAGAUCUCUCAUACCCUAUACAAUACAGAAUUGGUUCUUAAGGCUAACAUGGAUAAACCUCCUUUAACUUAUCAGAAGUUGGUUUCUCUGCUGCAGUCGUUAGGGGAACCUCCAGAAGCUGUUGCCGCUCCCAAAGAGCUGCUCUCUGAGCAACGUGUCUCAUCAAAAUUAUUAGAUUCUCAUGAUUAUGACAUCCCAACAUUAGAGGAUCUGGGUGUUGAUCAGAGUCAACUUGGACCCUGCUUGUUUCCUGGUGGUGAAACAGAAGGCUUGGCACGUUUGGGACGAUGCUUGGAAAGAAAAGAGUGGAUCAGUACUUUUGAGAAGCCCAAGACUAUCCCCAACAGCCUAUCACCAAGUACAACUGUGCUCAGUCCAUAUAUAAGAUUUGGUUGUGUAUCAUCUCGUUUAACAUACCAUAAAAUAAAUGAGAUUUUGAAGGUGUACAAGAAACAUUCAAAGCCCCCGGUGUCUCUCAUCGGACAGAUGUAUUGGCGGGAAUUCUACUAUGUUGUUGCCUCAGCAACACCAAAUUUUGACAAGAUGAUUGGCAACAAAGUGUGUUGUGCUGUACCUUGGGAUGAAAAUCCAGAAUUUGUUGAAAAAUGGGCUCAGGCACAAACAGGGUAUCCAUUCAUAGAUGCGUGCAUGCGCCAGUUACGUCAAGAAGGUUGGAUCCAUCAUCUUGCAAGGCAUGCUGUUGCAUGUUUCCUGACUCGAGGAGACCUGUAUCAGUCAUGGGAAGUUGGACAGAAAGUAUUUGAAGAGCUCCUCUUAGACGCUGAUUGGGCUUUAAAUGCUGGAAACUGGAUGUGGAUGUCGGCGUCAGCAUUUUAUCAUCAGUUUUAUCGUGUAUACAGUCCUGUUGCUUUUGGUAAAAAGACAGAUGUUCUUGGACAGUACAUAAGGAAAUAUGUACCAGAGGUGGCAAAACUUCCAACUGAGUACUUGUAUGAACCCUGGAAGGCAUCUUUAGCUGUUCAAAAGGGAGCUAAAUGUGUUCUGGGGAAAGAUUAUCCACACCGCAUCAUAAUACAUGAGGAUGUUUACAAGAAUAACAUUGGACGCCUUUCUGCUGCGUACAAAGCUAACAAAUUGUUAGCUCAAGAAACUCUCGAUGAAGAUGAUGCUUCCUCAUCCUCUUCUCCCCCCCCUAAAAGGAAGAAAGGGGCCAAGAAGUAAUAGCACAGAAGAAGAUCCCACUCCAAUGAAUGAGGAAAAUGGUGAGCAAUGGACCACAAAACAGUAUUUAGAAAAUACAAAUGUAGACAUUUUAAUAUAAUAUUAAUUAACUUACAUCUUGAUAUGCAUGGAAACUAUUGGUAGUAAGCUGGCACAUGUCAAAAUUAACAAAUUUAUACACCAUGUAUUUUUACUCUCAACAAAGAUUGCUGAUAUAAUAGAAUUGUAGAAUUUUGUAUUAGAGACAAAUUAAGAGUUCCUAGAUCAUCUGUAAUAGGUUAUCAGAUAAUGGUAGUACAAACUGGGUAAACUGAAAAGUACAAUCCUUCAAUAAUCAAAGGCAUUUACAUUUAA